UUUUAAAAGAAAAAAAUAAUUAAAUCAUUUUUUUCUCAUUAAUACUCUCUGUGAACUUCUUUUUUUCCCUUCAAAGUGAAGUAACAAGACUCUUUCUGCUUUGACUUCUCCAAAGGUGAAACCUUUCUUGUCUAAAACAAAAUGGGUGCUUCUGGAAAAUGGGUGAAAGCAUUGAUAGGAUUCAAGAAGAGUGAAAAAGAGGAUCAUGAGAAGAAGGUUAAGAAAUGGAAGAUAUGGAGGAGUGAUGUUAAGGGUUUGAAGCAGAGAAAUGGUGUUGGGUCAGAAGGGUCUGAUUGUUCAUCAAUGAACAAUGAUGCUUAUACAGCUGCUGUUGCUGCUGUGGUUAGAGCUCCUCCUAAAGAUUUUAAGGCUGUUAGGGAAGAAUGGGCUGCAAUUAGGAUUCAAACUACCUUUCGUGGAUUUUUGGCAAGAAGAGCAUUUAGGGCCUUGAAAGGAUUGGUAAGGCUUCAAGCUCUUGUUCGGGGCAGACAAGUAAGAAAGCAAGCUGCAGUGACUCUUAGGUGUAUGCAAGCCCUGGUUCGAGUACAAGCCCGAGUUAGAGCUCGUCGUGUACGUAUGUCCAUUGAGGGGCAGGCUGUGCAGAAAAUACUAGAGGAACACCGUGGCAAACUUGACCCCAUGAAGGAAGCUGAGGAAGGAUGGUGUGACAGUAAAGGGACACUUGAAGAGGUCAAAACAAAGAUACACAUGAGGCAAGAGGGAGUAUUAAAGAGAGAAAGAGCACUUGCAUACUCUCAAGCUCAAAAGCAGUCUAAAUCAAGCCAGAAUUUUGAUUCUAGAACCACUAUCUCGGUUCCAUCUCUCAAAAAUCUUGAUUAUGAUAAGAGUAACUGUGGAUGGAGUUGGUUAGAACGUUGGAUGGCAGCAAGGCCGUGGGAAAACAGAUUGAUGGAACAAGCAUAUACUGAUUCUAUGGAGACUACACCAAAGUCCAAAGCUUGCUUAGAGACUCUCAAGGAUAAGGAAAAGGCGACAACUGAACCAUGCUCCGUGAAAGUGAAAAAGAACAAUGUCACCAAAAGGAUAUCAGCUAAACCUCCACUGGUCGGGCAUACUACUCGUUCUUCUUCAAGCCCAAGUUCUGAAUUUAGAUAUGAUGAGAGUUCAGCAGCAUCCUCUUCAUUCUGCACAUCAACAACACCGAUAUCUGGAAACACGAUGUUGGCAUCUGAUAGAACUGAAGAUAGCAAUAGUAAUCGACCAAAUUACAUGAGCCUAACUGAGUCAACCAAGGCCAAGCAGAGAAAUCAGAGAAUGCUUAGACAGUCUAUGGAUGAGGUCCAAUUUCUUAAGCUCAACAAUGGUGACUCAAAGAGUUGUGCUGCUUAUGAUCCUUCAGUCAAUUUCUCAAGGCCCCUCUGUCUUCCUACUAGAAUGGAUAAAUUUUCUAGAUUAGGGGACAAGCAGAAUUGUGUCUUUGAGUAA